AGGGAUCUGCAGGAAACGCCGGCCCACUGUUUGUUUGGAUUGUGGGCGGUGCACGCGUAGCCCGGGAAAAGCGGGAAAUGGCCGCGCCGAGCCCUGGGUCUUUUCCUGUGCUACAACAGAAGGGGUUAAUGGCCACUGACAGGGGGCGCAGGACAUUGGGAGUGUACGGCAUGCACCCUGACCAUCAGGAAACUCUAAAAAAGAACCGAGUGGUGCUAGCCAAACAGCUAUUGCUGAGUGAGCUGUUAGAACAUCUUCUGGAGAAGGACAUUAUCACCUUGGAAAUGAGGGAGCUCAUCCAGGCCAAAGUGGGCAGUUUCAACCAGAACGUGGAACUCCUCAACUUGCUGCCCAAGAGGGGUCCUCAAGCUUUUGAUGCUUUCUGUGCAGCACUGAGGGAGACCAAACAGGGCCACCUGGAGUGUAUGUUGCUCACAACCCUCUCUGGUCUUCAGCGUGUGCCCCCACCGUUGAGCUGUGACUAUGACAUGAGUCUCCCUUACCCGGUAUGUGAGUCCUGUCCCCCUCACAAGCAGCUCCGCCUGUCAACAGAUACUAUGGAACACUCCUUAGACAAUGGAGAUGGUCCUCCUUGCCUUCAGGUGAAGCCUUGCACUCCUGAAUUUUACCAGACACAUUACCAGCUGGCCUAUAGGUUGCAGUCUCGGCCUCGUGGGCUGGCACUGGUGCUGAGCAAUGUGCGCUUCACUGGAGAGAAAGACCUGGAAUUUCGCUCUGGAGGGGAUGUGGACCACAGUACUCUAAUCACCCUCUUUAAGCUUUUGGGCUACGAUGUCCAUGUCCUACAUGACCAGACUACACAGGAAAUGCAAGAGAAACUCCAGAAGUUUGCACAGCUACCUGCACACCGUGUUACAGACUCCUGCAUCGUGGCACUUCUCUCUCAUGGUGUAGAGGGUGCCAUCUAUGGUGUGGAUGGCAAACUGCUCCAGCUACAAGAGGUUUUUCGGCUCUUUGACAAUGCCAACUGCCCCAGCCUACAGAACAAGCCAAAAAUGUUCUUCAUCCAGGCCUGCCGUGGAGAUGAGACUGACCGUGGGGUUGACCAGCAAGAUGGAAAGAACCACACCCAGUCCCCUGGGUGUGAGGAGAGUGAUGCUGGUAAAGAAGAGUUGCUAAAGAUGAGACUGCCCACUCGCUCAGACAUGAUAUGUGGCUACGCCUGCCUCAAAGGGACUGCCGCCAUGCGGAAUACCAAAAGGGGUUCCUGGUACAUUGAGGCCCUCACCCAAGUAUUCUCUGAGAGAGCUUGUGACAUGCACGUGGCUGACAUGCUGGUCAAGGUGAAUGCGCUUAUCAAGGAGCGUGAAGGCUAUGCCCCUGGCACAGAGUUCCACCGAUGCAAGGAGAUGUCUGAGUACUGUAGCACUUUGUGCCGUCACCUAUACCUGUUCCCAGGACACCCUCCCACGUGAUGCUACCUCCCCAUUAUCCAUGCCAGAUGGAAGCCACUGGAUCACAGGAGGUGUGACGGAGCCUUUUCUCUUCAGGAUACAGGAUUUCUGUUCUUUCCCCUCAGGAAUGUGGGAGUCUCCCAAGCUUGGUUCCUCUGCCCAUCAUCUCUGCCUUUGCGUGUAGGACUCCAAGCCAGCUCCUCCUCUGUGAAGCUCUUUCUCUAUGGAGCUGGCUCUUGUUGGUCUUGUUGCCAGGAAUGUUUUGGCUGCAGUUGAAGAGCCUGACAAGUGAUAUUGUAAAUACAGUGUGUCAUGGGGAGAGGACAUGUGGGUUUUUCUCCAUGUUUGUGUUCACUUCCUGCCCCCAGGGCUUUGUAGGUAGCACUUUGGUAAUUGCUUUUAUUACAUAUUUAAUUACAUUAGUUAAGAUGUCUCAAAGAUCAUCUACUAUCUUUCCUUUAUUUCAUAUUCCCAGCCCCAUUUGUUCCAGAGUGAAAGUUUGGAAGAUGUCCAAAUUUAAUGUGGAUAUUUUCCUUUGGCUUUAAAGAGGCAGCACUGACUAGAGACACACUUUGCCGCUGUGUGUGCAAGAGGCCUGUGCGUUCCCAUCAGUAUUGCAGGGCCACCCAGUGGAAGGACCUUCUUGGUUCUUCUGGAUUCAAAGCACCCUUCCUGAGAGAUCAGGUAUGAGUACCUUGUAUCUGUACCUUGCUGGGUUUUGCUCAUAGACAUCUCAAAGAUCAAUCCUUGGCCAUUCUUUUUCUAAGCUUUGUUACUGAAACCAGCCUUGCAGGGAGUGUCACAGAAGGCCAGGAAGAGUAAUGUCCAUCCUCAGACUGUAGCCUC